CUAGAUUUACGGUCUGUAUUUAGGUUCAAGAAGUGAAAAUAAUCAUUGAGCCUGUCUCUGUCUGGUAUAAAAGGGCCCUCACUGCAUCUUCUCACAACAUCUCUGACAACUCUACCCCAUAACAAGCUCUCCAGAGACCUCAAACAUCACAUCAGGAUGGACUUCCAAAUGUUUGCCCUGGUGAUGCUCUUUCUUGCCUGUGUGGAACAGAGCCUAGCUUCCUGUGUUGUGGAAAGCUUCACAGUGAAGGAGGACUUUGAUCCCAAGAGGUAUGCAGGAAAGUGGUAUGCUCUGCAGAAGAAGGACCCAGAGGGGCUGUUCCUUCAGGACAACAUCUCAGCUGAAUACACUAUUGGAGAUGAUGGCGCCAUGGUGGCCUCCUCCAGGGGCAGAGUUACACUGUUUGGAUUCUGGGUUGUGUGUGCUGACAUGGCUGCCCAGUACUCUGUGCCUGACCCUGGUACUCCCGGCAAAAUGUUCAUGAACUAUCAAGGACUUGCCAGCUACCUGUCCAGUGGAGGUGACAACUACUGGGUGAUCGACACUGACUAUGAUAACUAUGCCAUCACCUAUGCCUGCCGCACUCUGAAGGAGGAUGGGUCUUGUGAUGAUGGCUACGCCCUGGUGUUCAGCCGCAGCCCCCGUGGUCUGCCCCCCGCCAUCCAGAGAGUUGUCCGCCAGAAACAGGAGGAGAUCUGCAUGAGCGGACAGUUCCAGCCCGUUCUCCAGUCUGGAGCCUGCUAAAUUCAUCACCAGACAACACUCAACACAUUACCUCAUUUACUCCCCAAACAAGACUUCAUCCAAGACACAAUUGGUUCAAUAAUCCUAUUAUGGAUCUGUUUGUUGCUCACACUGUCCCUGUGAAAAAAUUAUCGGACCAAUCCAAUUUGAUUUACUCCCAGCUCUGUCAUUGUGGCACUAUUGCUUUACCAGGUGGGGAUCCAACACGACUGAAAGACUGUUUUGAUGGUUGACAUCUGCUGUAACUGGUAACAAUAAAUGUU